UAUAUACCUCUAUUCUUUAAUAGCUUUCCUUCUUUGGUUAAUAAAUUACAGCUCGUCAGUCGUCAUUCCCCAUUACCAAGGUCACCUUCCAAUAGUACCCCAGCACUCAUGGAGUCUCAGGAUGAACUUCAAGAACCAAUUUCACAGUCACCGUCUUUUGAUCCACCUGCUCAUUCUGAGAUUGACUCCAGGCUCGAAAACGUGCUGAACGAUGACAAGUUACCAUACUUCAGCCGCCUCCGGUUGGCUUCUUGGAUCGAACUUAAACAACUCUUCCACUUGGCGGCACCGGCUGUUUUCGUUUACAUGAUCAACAACCUUAUGUCUUUGUCCACCAGAGCCUUCGCUGGCCACCUUGGGAAUCUUGAGCUUGCCGCUGCCUCUCUUGGCAAUAGCGGCGUACAACUCUUUGCUUAUGGCCUAAUGUUGGGGAUGGGAAGUGCAGUGGAAACUCUGUGUGGCCAAGCUUAUGGAGCUCAAAAGUAUGCAAUGCUAGGCACGUAUCUCCAAAGAGCAACGGUUGUGUUAACUCUAACUGGGAUACCGAUGACUGUGAUCUACCUUUUAUCGAAGCCAAUCUUGCUCUUACUGGGAGAGCCACCAAAAAUGGCAUCAGCAGCUGCAGUGUUUGUUUAUGGUCUAAUACCUCAAAUUUUUGCUUAUGCUGUGAAUUUUCCAAUACAAAAAUUCCUCCAAGCACAAAGCAUAGUGAACCCAAGUGCCAUUAUAUCGGCAGCUACUCUCGUGCUGCACUUAUUGCUAAGCUGGAUUGCAGUUUUCCAGCUGGGUAUGGGACUGCUUGGAGCUUCGCUGAUAUUAAGCUUGUCAUGGUGGGUCAUAGUUGCUGCCCAGUUUAUUUAUAUAGUGAAGACUAGUCGAUGUAAGCAGACGUGGAAUGGAUUUACGUUGCAGGCCUUUUCUGGGCUUUGGGAGUUUGUAAAGCUGUCAAUAGCUUCAGCAGUAAUGCUGUGCUUGGAGACUUGGUACUUUCAGAUAUUGGUGUUGAUUGCUGGUCUCCUCGAUGACCCUGAGAUUGCCUUGGAUUCCCUUGCUGUUUGUAUGUCUGUAAGUGCGUUGCUGUUCAUGGUCUCAGUGGGAUUCAACGCAGCUGCAAGCGUCAGAGUUAGCAAUGAAUUAGGAGCAGGGAAUCCAAAAUCAGCAGCCUUCUCAGUUUUGAUGGUGAAUUUGGUUUCUUUAGUAAUCUCACUUGUAGAAGCUGUGAUUGUGCUUGCUCUGCGCAAUGUAAUUAGCUACGCUUUCACUAGUGGAGAAACUGUAGCGGCUGCUGUUUCAGAUCUUUGUCCUCUUUUGGCCAUCACCCUGGUACUUAAUGGUGUCCAACCAGUGCUGUCUGGGGUUGCUGUUGGAUGUGGAUGGCAAGCGUUUGUCGCAUAUGUCAAUGUGGGAUGCUAUUAUGUAGUUGGAAUUCCUGUGGGUUGUCUUCUUGGGUUUAAGUUUGAUCUUGGUGCAAAGGGAAUAUGGGCUGGAAUGAUGGGAGGAACCAUGAUGCAAACCAUAAUCUUAUUAUGGGUAACUUUCCGCACUGAUUGGAACAAAGAGGUAGAGAAGGCUAGACUGCGUUUGGAUGAGUGGGAAGAUAAGAAGGAACCACUCCUCAGAACCUCAAAAUAACUUCAGCAUGGAGAUGGGUCAUGAAAUUGAGCCAAUUACAAAGCAUUAAAUCCAUCAAUUAAUGGUGCAAUUAAAAUUAAAUGCACAAUACCAAUUAAGUAUUUUCUUAGCUCAGUUGAUUUUGAUUGGGAAUGGAAUUUAUGACUAUUUUCUAGCGAAUUAGAGGAUUUGUCUCACUCAUCAGCAGAUGCUAAGCCUGUAAACAAGAGAGGAUUAUUAGAAGUUGCAGGGCUUGAAGCCAACACAGAGGGAAGACUGGCAAUGGCCUCUCCGCUGUCAAACCAGCGUUUCCAUUGAUUGGCAACUUGUUUAAUUUCUUUCCAAUCUUCAUUUUUAACCUACAUAAUCCGAUUUUUAGAAAUGAUGGUUUUGAAUCCGCUUGUUGCAGAGCUUUGAAGAUCAAGAACUGAGCUCGUCGAUGGAUUUUCUCUUCUGGGUCUUCUUUAUCUGUUAAAACUAUGUCAUUUUAUUAUCUACUGUUAUUGGUUUAUAUUAGUAUCUAAACUAUGUCGUUUUACUUGUAGAAGCUAUAACUCUGUAGUCACGUGUGAGCAUAUGUUCUUGUCUGGUAUAAAAGUAAGCAGGAUGCUUCCAGUACUGUGUGUAACGUCAUUUUAUGUUUGAAAUAAAAUCUCUAUGGUUUUCUCUCUC